AUGUCUCAGGGGGAAGACAAGAAAACUACUGCAGGGAUGCCGCCUCCGGAGGCGGAGAUGAGCCUCGACGCAGCCCUGGACCACUUACGCCGCCUAAUUUCUGACCUUCAAAGCGACGUCUUGCGCCUUUCGGAAGCCGCCGAGGCUAAGGAGCUUGCCGCGGAACAGGGUGCCGGGGAUGCUGCAGCAUUAGCAGUGGAGCCAGAGGAGCACGCGUCAACUGCCGCAGUACGGCCAGCCACAGACGCGGCUUCAGGACAAAAGAGGCGGAAGGCGGCAAAGGAGGUUGCGGCGUCCGUGCCGCCGUCCCAUGCGCGUGACGGAGACGUGACGGUAGCCGGAUUCCCCUCCUCUGCCUCUUUCACGUCCGGCAAUGCGAUUAGGGCAGCUGGACGCCAUAGCGGGUCCACCGUGCUCGGCUCUGUAUGCGCCAGCGAGGGACUACUAAGUCGCGCUACCAGCACGAGCUUCACCGGCAGUGCCGCCAGUCGCCGCCGCACAUGCGAUUCGCUGCCACCAUCCUUCCACGACGAGUUUGAGCAGCCGCCGGAUAAGGCUGCUGGCUUACGCUUGUCAUCGUGCACAUCGAGUCUGGAGGAAUGCCAUCUGCGGCACAUUCGGGGGCCGGCGGCGAGCCCCAGCUGGGAAGGUGUGCCGGCGCGGAAGGCACGCUUGCAGGCCGCGGCGUCGGGGUUGCGGCAGCAGCAUCACUGGAAAGGCCCGGGACAGCUGUCAGUGGCCGUGACGGAGGCGCUGCCGACGAUAUCAUCGGCGUCGUCGGCAAGCGGUAGCGGCGCCAGCUCUGACGACGAGGCUUCCUCGUCUCCCGGCUCGCAAGCGCAGCACCGUCGGCAACGUGGUUCAGCUGGCCUGGUGGCGCAGCCCGCCGCUGCAGCCAAACCGCACACCACCGGCAGGUCGCAUCCCACCAGCCCGUCUUGUGAGGCCGCCUUGCCCUUUUCGACAUCAUCUCCACCAUCUGCAUCACCAAAGACCCGUGCUGGUGGGACGCCGACAUCGGGCAGCUCAUAUCGGACCCCGCGGAGCACGGGGCAUGGGGAGCAGCAGCAGCAGCAGCAGCUGCUGGCCUCUCCAUACUCCCUACGGAUGCCCUCCAACAUGAAAUCUAUGCUUCGCGGCAGAUCCAACACCGCAGCUGGCGGCAGUGUUGGCGUCAGCAGCAUAGCUGGAUCCAAAUCAUCCUUGAAUCUUUUUUACGGCGAGUCGCCCUUCCGCACUGCCAGCCAAACGCCCUUCGACCGCACGUGCGAGUCUUCACCCGCCCUCGGCGCUCCGGCCCACUACGCACCGUUCUCUGAUUCCACCUUCGACUUGCGGGUCAUUCCCAAAUCGCCCGCGUUCGCCACAGCGCGUGAGCAGUCGGAGGCCACCGACGGCACUGGCACGUCGGACGGUGAGGUGAUGCGAGAAAGGCACAUUGGUGCGUCAGCGGCAGAGGCAACACUCGAGGACCGAGUAGUGGCGGCAGUAACUGCAGCACCGCGACGACCUGUUCGGGGGCCGGCACCAGCUGACGCUGCAGCAGGAGCAGGUGUAAGGAGGGGUGGAGAGCAGCAGCAGCAGCAGCAGCAGCGGAGGACGGCACCGGCGGCGCUGGGCUUCCGUCGGGGGCGCCCCCUCGCUGCAGUGGUCCUCUUCAGAUAUUGCCUACACACAAACGCAUUUGAGGACGGAGAGCAGUGCACUCGGCUCUUCGACCGGGUCUUCGCAGCUUGGGAGCAGCAGGUCUCCAACGGUCGAUACGACAUCAACUGCCUGUCGUACUGGCUAUCCGUCAGCGCCGCACUGGCUGGAAUGCUGCUUGGAUGCGGAGCUAUCAGCCCAUCGGCCCACACCAGUCCAGGUAGCUGCGGUGGCGUUGGCAGCGGCUUGGGCGGCAGAGGCGCGGCCGGUGGCAGUGGCUGUUGCCAAGGUGUUGAGAAGGGGCUCACACGCCGGCACGGCGGCGGCUGUGAGGGCUCCGCAGAUGGUGGACGCCAUGUCGAAGAUGCGGACACCGGGGAUGCUGCGGCGGCGUUGCGGCAACGGCUUUUUGCCUUUGUACGAAGAGUCUUCAUGGCAUUGUACGACUUUGUACGGCGUGAGAUUUCCCCCAGUCUCCAUGGCUGCGUCCGGGGGCCCAGCGUGUCCGGCCCCCCGUCCCCCAUGAGCACCGCCUCUGUGCAUAGCUGCUCCAGCUUCUGCAGCAGCUACAGCUACGACACGGAUUGCAGCUACUGCAGGUACUGCAAGGAACAUGGUGAUGAUGGUAAUAUCUCCGCAUCGUACGACAGCGAAAGUGGCUGUAGCUAUCAAGACUCGGACGUUGGGGAGGAGCUCGAGGAUGGAGAUGGCUCUUCCCAUCGGCCCUGGUUGGAAGCGCUCAGUACGUUGGAUUCGUUACUAGCUGUAACGGUCGCUAACCAUGUACCGUCACCGUUAGUCCGGCUGCUGCUACUGGUGCGCGAGCUGUUCCAGCAAUUGCAACUUGCCCAGGCGCUGCUCCGGCGGCUGUUGAGCUACGUCAACGUGCGGAUGCUCAACACGUUGCUUCGCCACCCAAAGACGUGCUCCUUCACCAACGGAGUGUACUUGCAGACGGGGCUGAAGAUGAUGGCAAUGUGGCUCAUGGGGCGCGCGGGUGGCGACCGAGGUGGGGACGCCGCAUGGGACGAGCUGCAGCACGUACGGCAGGCCGCCACGUUCAUCGUCUUUCCGCGGCGCAGCGGCGAGGUCAUCGUGAGGCCCGUAUUGAGCGCACGGCAGCUUCUCCAUCUCGCCAUGUCGUACAAGGAUGACCUGUACGACGAGGACCAGGUCCUGCCGGAUGCCUUAGAGAGCUUGGUGGCGGAGCAGGACUCAAUCAACAGCGACAAUCCCGACGACGGCGGGUCUCUGCCUCUGCUGAACUGCGACUUGCCCAGUCUAUCCACUGGGGAGCUGUCUGAGCUGCUAGGAGGUGGUAAAAUGGACAACAAGGACUUGUACGGCCGCAUUGCCAUCCCAGCGGCUCUGCUGGAAAGCAGCCACAGCUGUACGGCCUCGUUCGCUUUCCUCGAGGAGGAGGCCCCGGCGCUGCCGCCGGGCACUGCAGAGCCACUGGCUUUGAGCCCUGCAUCACCGUCACCACCACUGUCAGGGCCGAGUGCAGCGGUGGCGGAUGCUGCACAGAAGCCAUUGCAAUCACCACUGCCAGCGCCAAAGGAGGCACCAACAGCACCAGCAACGCCAGAAACGUCAGCACCGGCGGCACCAGCAACACCAGCAGCACCAGCAACACCAGCAACACCACCAUUGCCAGCACCAGCACCGGCACCAGCACCAGCACCAGCACCAGCACCGGCAACACCACCAUUGCCAGCACCAGCACCAGCACCAGCACCGGCAACACCAGCACCAGCAGCUCCGGAGCCAGUAGCUGCGGCGUGUGCGCCUAUUCGGACGGCAGGGGAGCGUCCCCACGAGGAGGCUGUCGUACUUUCGGCAGAGGGUACUGCAUCCUCAGGGAGCUCGGACGGGAGUCCCAAGGCUGCCGCUGGCAUCGCCGCCAAGGGUGCUAAGGGAGCUAAGGGAGCCGCCAAGGCCGCCAAGGCCGCCAAAAAGGCUGCGGCUUCCAAAGCUGCAGAGGCCCGCACUGUCGCUGCUGUCGACGGCGAUGUGCUACCGCUAGCAGCUCCCACCGCCGCACCCAUUGAGGCCCCCCAACCAGCGGCGCCAGCAGCCCUAAUAGGCCCAGCGCAGUCCGCCCCACGGACUUCGGUUCCUGGCAGCCAUCUCCCCGCCUCGCCCGCUAAAGCAGCCGCUAAAGGCGAUGCUGCGGUCGCGAACGGCAACGCUGCAGGCGCUAAAGCCGAUGCCGAUGCCGAAGGCGUAGCUGCAGAUAUCGAUGCUGUGGCACCCAAAGCCGACAUGCCAGCUACCGACGGUACAGACGAGGCUGCUGCAACGACCGAGACCGCCGAUUCCACAGCCGGUACUGAUGCCGCAUACACUGACACCGACUCUCUAGCCGGGAACAGUGACGUAGCAACAGCCGAUGGCGGCGCUGGUCCGGACGCGAGCAUCGAUGUCGUAACGUCGCACAAAGGCGCUACAGCCGCCGAGAUCCAGGCUGCAGCCAUCAACGCCGACGCCAAACCUUCUGACACUGACAAAACGUCUGACACUGACACCAGCACUGCCGACACUGACACCACAUCCGCCGAUGCUGAGCCUGCCGACUCAGCAGCAGACGCAGGAAAGGGCCGUAACCGUCAGUCCCAGAAGGCGGCGGGAAAACAAGGACGGAAGAAGCAGAAGUCGAAGCGUUAA